CAGCGUCCCAGAGCGUGGGCUCCGCCUCUCCGCUGACAGGCCUGCUCGGCACGGGAAAGAGCGGCGGCGCUUCAAGAUGCGCUGCCUGGCCACGCCGUCUCUGCUGCGAGUCCUGGCCCAGGCCCCACGUGCAGGUUGUCUCAGUGGCCGGAGCCUCCACAGCAGCUCCGUGGCAGCCACCUACAAGUAUGUGAACAUACAGGAGCCCAAGGAGGACAUGAAGUCAAUGACUGAUCAGGCAGCUCAGACCCUACUGUGGACAGAGCUUAUCCGAGGCCUGGGCAUGACCCUGAGCUACCUGUUCCGGGAGCCGGCCACCAUCAACUACCCAUUUGAGAAGGGUCCACUGAGCCCGCGUUUCCGUGGUGAGCACGCGCUGCGCCGGUACCCAUCCGGGGAGGAGCGCUGCAUCGCCUGCAAGCUCUGCGAGGCCAUCUGCCCCGCCCAGGCCAUCACCAUUGAAGCAGAGCCACGGGCAGAUGGCAGCCGCCGGACCACCCGCUAUGAUAUUGACAUGACCAAGUGCAUCUACUGCGGCUUCUGCCAGGAGGCCUGUCCCGUGGAUGCUAUCGUGGAGGGCCCCAACUUUGAGUUCUCCACGGAGACGCACGAGGAGCUACUGUACAACAAGGAGAAGCUGCUCAACAAUGGGGACAAGUGGGAGGCUGAGAUUGCUGCCAACAUCCAGGCCGACUACCUCUACCGGUGAUGUGCGACCACUGCCCGCAGCCCCGCUGCCCCAAUAAAAGUACUCUGACCCCCA